UUUACCCAUAAAACAGCUGAUUGACGCCCAAGACAACGCGAAAUAAGCUAAAAAUUCCCAUUAAAAUGCAUUUAAAUUUAUAAAUUAAAUAAAAUAAUUAACGCAAAGUUCAUGCGCCGCUUGUUUACAUCGGUCAACGCCCAAAUAAUGUCGAAGAACAAGGGGAAAUCGAAGGCCUCGGCUGACAGUGCGAAAUCCACGCCGGCAAAGGAAACCAACCCGAUUACAGUGGACAAAAGUGGCAAUAUUUGCAUACAAAUUCUGGCCAAGCCGGGUGCCAAGCACAAUGGAAUCACGGGCAUUGAACUCGAGGGCGUGGGCGUCCAAAUAGCCGCUCCGCCCAGCGAAGGAGAAGCCAACGCGGAGCUGGUCAAGUUCCUCUCCAAGGUUCUCGGUCUGCGCAAGAGCGAUGUUUCUUUGGACAAGGGAUCCCGUUCCCGCAACAAGAUAAUCCUGAUCAGCAAGGGAGCAUCUACAGUGGAGGCCAUUGAGCAGCUGCUCCGCAAAGAAUCGGAGUCAUAG